CGUUAGCUGUCACACCCGUAAACAGUUUUUCUUGUGGAAGACACAGAGUUUAAUCAGUGAUGUCGGUAGCCAUGUCAGCAUCGAUGUCAGUACAACCGAUGUUGCAACAGCCUAUUCCCCAGAGGAUCGGUGAAGUGGGUGGUCACAGAGAGUGGUCAACAGGAUUGUUCGGUUGCUUCUCCGACUGUAGUUCAUGUAUCAUGACAAUGCUCUGUCUGCCUGGUAUGGAGUGUAAAAAUGCCGCACGCCUGGGUGAGUGUUGCCUGCUGCCACAUUGCUGCGCUGGUUCAAACAUCGCCAUGCGUGCUCGCCUGAGGACUCUCGGCGGAAUACGAGGAAGUAUCCUGCAAGACAUAUGUGCAUUUUGUUUGUGCUAUUCGUGUACAGUGUGCCAGAUGUCCAGGGAGAUGGACAAUAUGGGACUUUAAUUUGACGGAGAUAUUGUUGGUCACCCGAUCGUUAAUAAAUCAAAAUAAAAAAAAGUCUUCAAUUAGAAUUAGAUUUGUGCGUGAACGUUGUUUUUAAACCACUCCUUACGAAUAGUUUUUUUAAUGUUAAAUUCCUAUUAAGUAUAGCUUUUUUAAUGUUAAUUCCUGUUAGGUAUAACUUUUUUUAAUAUUAAGUCCUGUUAGGUAUAGUUUUUUAAAAAGAUAAAUUAAUUGAAAAGUUGUGGAGCGGACUAAAUGUGAAUUGAAAAUGCAUAGUCUUAUCACUAUCUACUGCAUAUCGACGAACAAAAGUGCGACUGUUUUAAAAAACAACAUCAUAGAAGCUUCAAUAAAUACAUAAAUGUUUCCAAAAUGUUUUUGGGCGUUCAAUGUAAUAUAUGACAUUUGCUGUGGAAAAGUGGAUAAUUGUAAACAGCUACUGGACAAAGCAGGAAAGUUUGUACAUAUUUUGUGAAAGAUUUGUAUAUCUAUAUUUAAUAAACCGUCACAGUAUGAAGGCCUAUGAUAAUAAAAGACCAAGUAUGGCAAUUAUUUUCUUUGA